AUGCUGGCCCUGCCUAGCCUCUUCGUACAAGCUCAAGCAGCUUCUUUCCGACCUCGUCACCGCCGCGAUAAUGGAACUGUCACCUAUCCGGGAGAGAAGAUAUCGUGGACACCAUGUGGCAGUGCCACUGGCCACCUGUUGGAAUGCAGUACCAUGAAGGUACCGAUGGAUCAGUUCGACCGCCAGAACUCUGGAAACAAGACAUUUGAUCUUUCCAUGAUCCGAAUCCGCGGCCACAACACCACGGCUUGCUCAAAGAACAUUCUUUACAACCCAGGGGGCCCCGGGGCGAGCGGCGUGGGCAGCUUCUACGGUCUGUCCUCUGAGCUGAUAUCCAUCGUUGGGGAGGAGUUCAACAUCAUUGCUUUUGACCCUCGAGGCAUUAACGGGUCUACGCCACUGGGCUCGUGUUAUGCUACGGACGCCAUACGAAAGAGCAUGAGCAAAGUCCCGCUGGAUAACCUGGUCACCGAUGCCCCUUUCAUGGGCGGCUGGGCCCCCAACUUUGCCAAAACGUGUGCCCAGACAUCCGGCGAGCACGGCAAGUACAUCAACACACCGCAGGUUGCCGCCGACAUGAACAGCAUCCUGGACGCCAUUGGCCAAGAGGACAUGUACUUUUGGGGCCAGAGCUACGGCACGCUCAUCGGCCAGACCUACGCCGGUCUCUUCCCCAACCGAACAGCACGCAUGGUGAUUGAUGGAGUCGUCGACCAGCUCGAGUGGUACAACAGCACCCUGCCGUGGAAGGACUACCAAGACGGCAAGAGGGUCUUCUGGGGCUUCUUUGACGAGUGCGUCAAGGCCGGCGUGGAGGCGUGCCCUCUGGCCGAGCUGUCGAAGAGCCCCGACGUGCUCAACGAGAUGGUGGAGAACUUUGGCACCAAGAUCAAGUACGACGAGAUGACCGUCUACGUUGACAAGACAAACUUUGGCACUGUCAACUACGCCUACCUGUGGUUCACCGUCAUCCUGCCUUCUCUCUACAAGAGCGUCAUCUGGCAGCCCCUCGCCAUCGCCCUGCUCGAUGCCAUGGUGGGCAACGCGACGAUGGCCUUUGAGGUGUGGGGAGGCUCGCAGUCGUACAGCAACACGGGCGUGACCCCCUGGGAGGCCAUUUACUUUUAUCGACUAAACGACGGGCUGUCGGGCAAGGACUUUUGGCCGCAGACCAACCAGGAGAUGAUCAAGACGCUCGAGCCCUUUUACGUCAUGAAUCCCUUCAUGUACGCGGCCAACUCGUUCUACUGGGCCAAGGCUCACUGGGUGAUUCCCAAGACGCACGGUUACGUCCCGAGGGAAGGGGUCAAGACCAAGCAUCCGCUGCUGGUCAUGUCCAACCAAUACGACCCCGUCUGCUCGCUGGAUUCCGCCAAGUCGGCGCUGACGGCUUUUGCGGAUUCGCGGAUGGUGACGCUGGAGGCUUACGGACACUGCACCUUUUACCAGAAUUCCGCAUGUGCAAACAGCUAUGUCAAGGAGUAUUUUGUCAGCGGCUCGCUGCCUGCACAGGAUGUGACUUGCAGGGUAGGGCCUGAGCAGUACUUUCCGCCACUCCAGACGGACGGAGCUGGAGUGUACAAGAGGGGGGAGACAUGGGGGCUUUUCUAA